UUCAUUUGCAGUUUUCUUGCUGAGAGUACAGAAAUAUUUGAAAAAAUUCUUAAAACUUGCAUAAUUUGGAGGUAAAAAACUAUAGAUAAAAUGAAAACUCCACUUAGCCAGAAGACGGGCUUCUUCGCCGAAUACUAUCUGAAGCUCAAGGAGCAGGCGGGCGCCAAUUGCGAGUCGGACAUCGCCAAGUUAUCAGCGUGCAAGAGUGAUGAGGAGCGCGUGGCCUAUGUGGAAAAGUUGCCCUGGGUGCAGGAGGGGGAUGCCAACCUGGUGGUGAACCAGGAGUUCGCCGGCAAGAAUGCUUCUUUGGCGGCGGAGAUCAAGGAGCGGGCCACAGCGGCUUUUAAGGCCAAGAAGUGGCUCGAGGCCAUGAUGUUGUACACCAGGAGUUAUGUGGCGCUGCCCAGUGAAAACGUGGCGGAGAUACGUAUUGUGUUGGCCAAUCGUUCAGCCACUUUGUACCACAUGCAGAAAUAUCAAGAGUGCUUGAUUGAUAUCAGAAGAGCUUUAGAUCUUGGAUACCCCAAGGAUUUAAUCUACAAACUAUAUGAAAGACAGGCUCGUUGUUACAUGGCUCUCAAGGACUAUCCCCACACGAUUGAAGCAUUCAAGAAAUGCAUCACCGCCAUGGACGACUCCACGCUGACCUCUGACAAGAAGGCCAAACUGAAUCUAGAUGCCAUGACCAUGAUCAAGAUGCUGCAACAUGAUCCGCGGACCGCCAAACAGGAGGCCAAGCAGCAGAAACCGAAGUUGGCUUUGGAUCAGGCCCAGCCAGUUAAGUUGGAGAACGAGUUCGUAAGUCCGCUGGUGAGGAUUGAUAGCAAUCGGCAGGAGGGACGUUUUGCCAGGGCCUCGGCAGACGUAAAACCCGGCGAAGAGCUCUUAGUGGAGCGACCUUUUGUCUCAGUACUGCUGGAGAAGUUUACUAAAACGCACUGCGAGAACUGCUUUGUUAGGACUGUAGUUCCUGUCGCCUGUCCCCGUUGUGCCGAUGUUCUCUACUGCUCGGAACAAUGUCGUGAAGAGGCCUCUAAGAAGUACCACAAGUACGAGUGCGGCAUUGUGCCUAUUAUUUGGAGAUCGGGUGCCUCCAUUAACAACCACAUUGCCUUGAGGAUCAUUGCCAGCAAGCCGUUGGAAUAUUUCCUGAACUUAAGAAAAGCUAUUGACGAGGAGUUGACACCAGAGCAGCUGAUAAGCCUGCCCAAGGACGAUUUCCGCAGAGUGGCCCAACUGGAGAGGCAUCAGGGUGAACGCCAGCCCUCCAAUUUCUUCCAGCAUGUUUUGAUGGCUCGCUUUUUGACCCGUUGCCUCCGGGCAGGUGGAUACUUUGGAUCGGAACCCAAGACAGAAGAGGUGGCAAUCAUUUGCUCCCUGGUGCUGCGCAGUUUGCAGUUUAUCCAGUUCAAUACCCACGAGGUGGCAGAGCUCCACAAGUUCAGCUCCUCUGGUCGGGAGAAGUCCAUCUUUAUUGGCGGAGCCAUUUAUCCCACUCUCGCUUUGUUCAACCACUCUUGUGAUCCUGGCGUGGUGCGGUAUUUCCGCGGCACCACCAUCCAUAUAAACAGUGUGAGACCCAUCGAGGCGGGUCUUCCGAUCAACGAGAACUACGGACCGAUGUACACCCAGGAUGAACGCUCGGAGCGGCAGUCGCGGUUGAAGGAGCUCUACUGGUUCGAGUGCUCCUGCGAUGCCUGCAUCGACAACUGGCCCAGGUUCGAUGAUCUUCCCCGGGAUGUCAUCCGCUUCCGCUGCGACGCACCCAACAAUUGCUCCGCGGUUAUUGAGGUGCCACCGAGCUGCAAUGACUUUAUGGUCAAGUGCGUGACUUGUGGGGAGAUUACCAACAUCCUCAAGGGUCUGAAGGUCAUGCAGGACACCGAGAUGAUGACCCGCACAGCCAAAAGGCUCUACGAAACCGGGGAGUACUCCAAGGCCCUGGCAAAGUUCAUCGAUCUUAUUCGGAUUAUGUAUGAAGUGCUGGCACCGCCCUUCCCCGAUUUCUGCGAGAGUCAGCAGAAUUUGAAGGACUGUUUCCUUAAUUUGGGCAAUGUCUAUACUCUGGACUAAAGUGGAAUCCUAUAAACGCGGUAUAAACGUUACGUGGCUUUUGGAAUUUAAUUUGCAGCGGUAAAAAUACAAUAAAGGUGUUAACAGUCAAUCAAUUGGAAAGAAAAUAAAAUAGUUAAUAUUUCAUCUUGAAAAUAAAGUUCGACAUAUAAUGG